UGUUAAUGUUGUACAACAUACGUCGUAUGAAUAAAUACUUGAUAAUAAAUAGUUAUAAUAGCGCGCCUUCGUUCGAAUUGGUCCAUUCGAAUCGAAGCAUUGCGCAUGCGUCAGAAAAUAUCUUCGACUCUUCCAUAAUAUUUACUUUGGGCCAACUUCAGGCCAAUAACAAUUGUCAACCGGUGUGAGGCCACGUGUCCGUCUGAUAGACGCGAGUUCUUUUUUUUUUUUUCCCUCACAUCAAACAAAUCUAGAUAACUUAGUUUGAAGGAAAGAAGGAGAAUGGCAACUCUCGAGCAAGACAAUAACGAAGAGUUGAAACAAUUAUUGAACGCUCCUCCUGUGAGAAAUAUUACCGAGGAUAUAUGUAUGGCUCCGCCGUUAUCGACUAACGUGCCACGGCCAAGUACAUCUCAAAAUGUUAAUCCAUCUACUACCAUGAAUCCGAUGGUACCCAAUACGGUCAACAGUACAAAGGAAAUUCCAGAGGCUUGCGUACAAAACGUCGUUUCCACCGUUAACUUAGGUACGGAAUUAAGACUGAUGUAUAUUAAUACGAGAACUAGGAAUUCGGAAUACAAUCCAGCAAGAUUCACCGGUUUAAUAAUGAGAAUACGUAACCCCACAACGACAGCUCUGAUCUUUCGUUCUGGAAAAUUAGUUUGUACCGGAGCCAGAAGCGAGGCGGAUUCUUGCUUGGCAGCAAGAAAGUUUGCCAGGAUUAUACAAAAAUUGGGUUUCCCGGCCAAAUUUUAUAAUUUUAAAGUACAAAAUAUAGUCGCUACGUGCGAUCUUAAAUUUCCCAUUAAGUUGGAAAAUUUAAAUCAAAUGCAUGGUCAAUUUUCAAGUUACGAACCAGAGCUCUAUUCCGGUUUAAUAUAUAGGAUGGUUUUACCUAGAGUGGUAUUACUCAUAUUUGUAAAUGGAAAGAUAGUAUUAACUGGUGCAAAGAAACGAUCUGAAUUGCAGGACGCAUUAAAUAAUAUUUAUCCGAUAUUGAAAAGUUUUAGAAAGCAGUAAGAUAGUGUCGUCAUUUUGUACGUUCGUCUUAUAUCUUUAUAUAGAAAUAAUAUUUCUCUUUAUUUAUUAAUUGAUUGUUAUACGGUAACUUUGCCAGUGAUGUUACAUUUCAUAUGUAUAGAAAUGUAUUUGGUAAGGUGCAUUCCCUCGCGAUACGCCAAUAUGUAACAAAUAAUAUUUAAUUAUUGAAUAUCUCAUCGAUAGCAUCUUGUGAAAAAGUGCAAUGGAACGAUACGUGAGAUAUCGUCUACGUAGUUGUGUCAAAACGUCGUUUGUUUCAAAGAACGGAAUUUCGGAUAAAGUUGAACGACAAAUCUCAUGUUAAAAUACGUAUAAUUCGUGUGUGUGUGUGUGUGUGUGUGCGUGGGUGGGUGGGUGGCUGUCUGUCUGUCUGUCUGUUUGCGUACAUGCUUGCGUGAAUGUGUGUAUAUUACAAUUGUUUACAUCGAUAAAUUAAAUGGUUCAUUUUAAUAGUAGCAUUUUUUGGUGCGACGACGAUCAUUUUAAUGUAUAAUAUAUUGAAAAAAUCUUAAAUAAUUUAUGUAGAAGAAAUUUACAUGUA